CUGACCCCGUUCGGCUGCUCCACACCUCUCAUCCGACCGAAACCCGUAGACUCUUACAUAUAAAUGCCCAAGACAAAACCUAAGCCACCGGCGAAGCUUCCCUAUUCGGCCGCUCUUAGCCUCCCACCCGAUCGGAACCGCUGAGGACGGAAAAACCAGGGAAAAACCUGGGAAACAUAGGAAAAUCAACGAAAAAAAAAGGAAAGACGGAAACAAUCGAAAGAACUCGUCUCCUGCCACUUAUUUGUUUUAAUAUUGUUAGCACUGAACUGAUAAUUCAAACAAUGCUACUAAAAUAGAGAGAAAACAGCAUAAGAAGCGAGGGAAAGAGAGACCCAAUCCCAGGAAAAGGAUGGCUGUUAAUUACGUAUGAUGAUGGUUUGCUGAUGCUAUAAUAAUAGCAGAGUAAGUGUUUGCAUCUGAGAGAGAGAGAGAGGGGGGGAGGUGAUGGAGCGCGAAGGGGAGGAGGAGAAAGAGGGCUGCCGCAACCAAGGGCAGCCCGAUGAUGCAGGAAAUGGCCGUCACUUCCUCGACCGCAGCAAGGUCAGGAUUUUGCUCUGCGACAACGAUCCCAAGAGCUCACAGGAGGUUCGUCAGCUCCUCUGCAAGUGCUCCUACCAAGUAACUUCAGUGAAGUCUGCCAGACAGGUCAUUGAUGUGCUUAAUGCCCAGGGGCCUGAUAUUGACAUCAUUCUUGCUGAAGUUGACCUCCCAGUGGCCAAAGGGCUGAAGAUGUUGAAGUACGUAGCUAGAGAUAAGUCGUUGAGGCGCAUUCCUAUUAUCAUGAUGUCUGCGAAAGAUGAGGUCUCAGUGGUUGUCAAGUGCUUGCGACUUGGGGCAGCCGACUAUCUUGUGAAGCCAUUGCGCACAAAUGAGCUGCUGAAUAUCUGGACCCAUGUGUGGAGAAGAAGACGCAUGCUUCGUCUGUCAGAGAAGGAUGUUUUCAGCCAUGACUUUGAGUUGACAUUGUCAGAUCCUAGCGAUGCCAACACAAACAGUACUACUUUAUUCUCGGAUGACACAGAUGACAAGACCAGGAAGGCAAGAUGUCCAGAGACAAGAGUGUCGAAUCAUUGUGAAUAUGAGUCUAAUGCCUCUUCUUUGAAGCCUGCUCAAAAUAAUUCACUCGAGGAGGAGCCUAAUAUUCUUAAGGAAGGUGAUUGUACAGUAUUCUCAGGAGGGUUUUUUUCAUGUCCAAAGAAGACUGACCUGAAGAUCGGCGAAUCUUCAGCCUUCCUGGCAUAUGUUAAAUCAAAUGCACCAACAAGCAGCACCACACUGGGCAAUAUGGAUGGAAAUGCUGCUCCAUCAACACAUCAUGAAGAAAAUAUUUUUGUAGGAGGUGAUACUGAGAGAUAUAGCAACAGAGGGGCACAAGGAAGCUACUCGGAAGGGAAUGGCACUGUUACUGGUGAGAACACUUGUGAUACAAGUACAUUUCAAAUGCCAUUGGAGAUUCCUGUAGUAUGCCCUUCUUCAAAUGCACAGGCACAAUCAAGGAAUGAGGGCCAAAUUGAUGUUUCUGGUGUUCCAUCAAUCUUCCAUUUACCAUUUUACUAUCCAGGGAUGAUGGAGCAGAAUAUGAUACCCCCAUCUGUGCAAAUAUUUCAGGGUAAUUUGAAUGAUGUGCAAGCACAUACCGCACCACCCUUGCUGCCUCAGUAUAAUGUUCUUCCUCAGGGUCCUCAUAUGCCAAUGAUGCCAUCAUUUUCAUAUCAUCCAGUUGGCAUAAGUUUGCAAUCAGGUCAGGUGCCUUUGCCACACAUAUGGUCAUCGAUGGCAAGGUCAUCCACACCUGAAGUGACUUCUGGUCGAACCGAAAGAAGAGCAGCAGCACUUAUCAAGUUCAGGAAGAAAAGAAAGGAUAGAUGUUUCGACAAGAAGAUUAGGUAUGUCAAUCGAAAACGUCUUGCUGAAAAAAGGCCAAGAGUUCGAGGGCAGUUUGUGAGGCAGGUGAACGGUAUGGAUGUUCACCACAAUGAAUUUAUCACUGGUGAUGGUUAUUCUGAGGAGGAUGAAGAUGAGGAACCUACAUCUAGGGAGUUGGAACUUGUUUCUUCUCCUGAAUAGAAUGCUUCGGAGUGUUGAUCUGUUCAACUGAAGCUAGUAAACCGCAAUGAAUUUAUUGCUGGUGAUGGUGAUUAUGAGGAGGAUAAAGAUGAGGAACCAUCAUCCAGGGAGCUAGAACUUGCUUCUUCUCCCAAAUGGAAUUCUUCAGAGUUUGGUCAGGUUAGUCAAAGCUCGUAAAUGUAUUAUAGAUAUGCUGAUGCGUGGGCUACAGAGCAGCAGGUCUUCAGUGUACCAGAUGUUACAAACUUCCAUUGUUGCGACACUUCCCAUACUGGCUGCAUCUUAGUCAUGAUUGUGCUCUUGCAGUGGAAACCUUGGAGAACUUACGGGGAAAAGAAUAUCUUGGUUCUGGUAACUUGAGGAGUGAGGAUCGUUUAGGCGGUAUUUAUUCAUUAACCUCUCUGCAACAAACUGUUGAUGCAUAAAUAUAUGGGAUGUUGUUAAUCUCUUUUUCAAAAUAUACUGGACUUCUCUUUUGUGGUUGUGUAACUUGCUUAUAGAUAAUUCAUAUAGCUUAGCCUCCCUCAAGCACUUAAUCAAUUAUUGACGUUUUUUUUGAAAAAACUUGGUAUUAUAUGGU